GUCAAAUGUCAUGUACGACGCAAGCCAAACAUGGCGGCCUAUCUGUCAGAAAUUAUUCUGACAUAACCUAAGUUAACGGCUAGAUGAAUUAUGACAUUGUGGUUUAUUUUUGCAAUAAAUAUUCAAAACAAUCAUAUCAGAUAACAGAAUCUAAUAUUCAAAUCAAGUCCCCAUUAAGGUAACGUGAAUUACGGUUGGAUAUAACAUAACCUAAGCAAGAUACGAUGUCUAGGGCCGCUCCGAACAUGCACGUGCAACCAGACAGCUCUGUAGUUGAGCGGAGACUCAGGCCUAUUUAUGAUUGGCUGGACAUUGGAAACAACAAAAAGGCAUUACAAGAAUGCGACAAGGUUUUGAAAAAGACGCCAAAUUUGCAUUGCGCAAAAGCCUUGAAAGCACUAACUUUGAAUCGAAUGGGAAAAGAAUAUGACAGCCAAGAUAUACUAGAGGCACUUGUAAAGGAAAACCCCACUGAUGAUGCAACAUUGCAAGCAAUAACUUUAUGUUACCGGGAGAUGCAAGAGUUGGAAAAAGUUUGCAAGUUGUAUGAAACUGCAGUGAAAUCGGAUCCGAGAAACGAAGAACUACAUACUCACCUAUUUAUGUCAUAUGUUCGAAUUUCUGAUUUUAAAUCACAACAGCAAAGUGCUAUGUCUCUAUAUAAACUCAAGCCUAAGAAUCCAUAUUACUGUUGGGCUAUCAUGAGUAUUAUUUUGCAGGCUACGAGAGGUGAAGGUUCCACUGAUCCAAAGAAAAGAAUGUUGCUGUUAAGUCUGGCAGAGAGGAUGUUCUCAAAAAUGAUCACUGACAAUAAAAUUGAUGCAGAACAAGAAGUACAACUAUAUAUUAUGAUUCUUGAACUCCUAGAGAAGUAUGAAGAGAUUCUUGCAGUCAUAGAUAGCCCUUUAGGUAGUAAGCUGCAAAGCACUAAUAUUCCUCAGACAAAAUUGAAAUAUCUGAAGGCAUUGAAAAAGUGGAAUGAAGUUAACUUAGUUUGUAAGGACAUUCUCAUUGACAGCAUAGACAGAUGGGACAUCUGGAGAGACUACAUAAAUUCUGUAUUUGAGCUCAUGGGAACCACAACAAGCGACAUAAUUGUGAAUGAUGAAUGUGAUGAUAAUACUGAUGCAAAAGGUGAUAGUUUGGAGACAAUUGAUGAUACGCCAGAAAAAGCUCAUGAAUUUAUAUGCAGAAUUGUGGAAAAUGGUACUGAAAAUGGAUAUUUACUGCGAGGGCCGUACCUGGCUCGUUUCGAAUUAUGCUCCAGACUGUCAGAGAAAGAUAUGUGUUCGGCUGAUCUCCUUGGAGAAACUAUAGAACUUUUCAUAGAAUAUUUUCGCAAGUUUGGUCACAAACCUUGUUGCGUUUCGGAUCUCAGAGUAUACUUGAAUUUAUUGAAUGAUAUAAAGAAAGCUGAACUAGCUACUAGAUUGAUAAAAGAUGUCGGAAUUAGCUCUACGACAAUUCCACAGUCGGAACACCAAAUGCAACGUCACAUCUGCGCGUUGCAGCUGGCCCGGCUGUGCGGCAGUCACAGAAAUCUUCCAGCCGAUCAUCUCAAAGCAUUAGUGACUGCUCUGUCACUCCACUAUCAACAUGGGUACCAAGCAUAUGGAAAAAACCUGCUACCCACAGACCUGGGCGCUUCCGAUCCAUAUGCUCUAAUAGCAGCUCAUAUUCUUCACGAUCUGGCUCAAACUCAGAACAAUUCGGAGUUCAUCAUACUCGCCCUGAUGCUUUUGGAUAGCUUGCUGAAGAAUUCGCCAAGCAAUUUUCAUGCGAAGUUGUUGGCGAUUCGUCUGUACCAUCUUGUGGGAGGCGGAAUAUGCGCUCACGACAUGUACAACAGCUUAGACGUCAAACAUCUGCAACUGGAUUCGCUAGGUUAUAUACAUUGUGCUAGGUUACCGACGACAGGACUGUUUACCCUAUGUACAAAUCUUUUUGAUACAACAUUGAAGUUCUUCGCUUCGAACUAUAAGGAUAGCUCCGAAUACUUGACGUUUUCGUACAAAUUCGGCUCGUUCAUAAAGAUGAACGAAUUUUUAGAUUUUAGGGAAAGGCUGAACAACAGCUUACACUACACGACAGUAGCUGUCGAUAAAAUCGUGCUGAGCUUAGUCGAAUGUAUGUCUCUAGAGACUUUAUAUACUUUAAGUAUACCUCCGAAAGAAUACAAUGUCGAAUGGGAAUUGUUAAGAGACAAUCAUGAUUUGAAUGUGUAUAUGUCAUGGGACCCUGAACGGAUCGAAUCGGCGCCAGAAGACUGGAAAGAUACGAAGCAACUAUUUAAACAAAACAUUCUUUUUUUGAAGUUGAGGAAUUUCGCAAUUCAGACUGUAGCUAUUAUCGUGGAUAUUUCUUUAUCGACCGAUGGCACUCGACUGAAACACCUAGAGAUUUUGAAAAAUACUGUGGCUGAUUGGAAGAUUUUAUUCGAGAAAGCCGUGUCUGAAAACUUGGCUCCUAUAAGUGAGAGCUUAAUUCCGCUACCACUCCCGUCGAGGUUACAUGGCGCUCUAAGCGUACCUUAUUUAGCAGUAUUCAGUUCUUUUUAUGACCUACUAAUAAAAUUAUGCGAAGAACCCGAAGAUGCUUCAAAAAGUACAAAAAAGGUCACGGAUUCGCUAGACGAACUGACGAGAUGUCUAGAUGAAAAUACUUUAAAGAAACCUAAUAACCUAUUGGAUAAGAGGAAAUCCAUGGAAACGGCAGUUAAUUGUGUAGAGAGCUCGUGUGGCCCGAGUUUGACCGAAUUUGGCACAAGGGGGCAAGAGAAUCCUUCAUUAAGACAACGCGCCUGCUCACACGUCUCGUGCGUUUUAGGCCCGAAGCUCAAUCACCCGAUUUAGCCACUUGCGACUUCUUCAUGUUCCCAAAAAGCAAAAUGGUGGUUCGGAGGCGACACUUGGCUGAUGUGGAAGCCAUCAAGGCAGGAGCGACACGGCAAAUGAAGAGCAUCACAAUUCAAGACUUUCUGCGAUCGUAUCAACAGUGCACCUUGUCUCGGGGGGGAGGACGUUGAAGGAAAAUUAUUGUUCCAUUUUUAUACGUAUUUUUCGAACUAACCUCGUACCGGAAAAUAAUCUGAAGAGAACUGAAUCGGUUAUUUCAAAAAACAAGUUAAUUUUUUUCAAUUUGAUUUAACCUGUUUUAUUUAUAACUGAAAUCUCACCUUUAAUUGCAGGUAAUAAGUAUAGCAUCGGUAAUAUGCAUUGUGUGUAACGAACUGGUGAAAGUCCCCC